UUCCUCUUACUUAACUCAGGAAGUAUCGGUUCCACCCCUCGCAGGAUGAGUGAACUCAUCUCUUGAAUUACUUGUUAGCAUAUUUACAUAAUUAUACUUUUAAUUAUAAUUGACUGAGAUUUUAAUUGCGAUUAGUCUAAUUUUUGUAACAAUUGCAAAAUAUUUUGUAUUAUUUUGCCAUUAACAAUAACCUUAAACUAUGGCCGAAAAGAAGAUGCGCCAAGAACUGGAAAAAGAUAAGGUCGAAGAAUUCAAAAAUGAUAAUAUUAAAGAGGUAUUUUCCAUAUUUAACAGCGAUGACGAUUGUUUAUCGGGUAACAAUUUAAGAAAAGUCAUGAAAAUGGGCGAUGUGGAUCUUAGCGAGAAGGAAAUUCGAGAUAUCAUCAAGGCGGUCGAUCCGUGCGGCAAAGGAAAUAUCAAUUAUGCCAAGUUGAUAUCCAUGUUAGCUACAAAAAUGAGAAAAUCAGAUGUUUUCAACGAUGCCGAUAACGUGAUAGUUGAAGCAUUCAAGGUUUUCGAUAAGGAUAACAAAGGCAUCGUUAAAGUAUCCGAUUUACUUCACUCUGUUUCGGGUCUGGAGCCGAAAUUCAAGAUGUAUAUGGAAGAAUUGGUACUGAAUGCCGAUCCUAAGAAAACGGGACAGUUUAACUAUCACGAAUUUAUCCAAAAAAUGCAAGGAAAAUGGAAGAAUUAUUUAAUUUAGAUGCUUUGAUUUUCAGUGUUUAAGGUUAAAGGGUACAUUAGAUAUACACACAAAAAAUUUCAUAUCGUCCGAGAGAACUUGAUUAUAUUUAAGUAAUUUUCAUAUAAAACACUUAAAAUUUUCGUUCGUGUUUCACUUAACUACAUUAAUUCUUUUAAAUUUAUUAUCUCUGCAAAUAUCUGAUAUUUAGCAAAAUUGCGAGUCUAAUAAAGGGAAGUUUAAAAAGUUAAAUGCU